GGACACCGGGGCUGAGCCCCGGGGAUCCGUGAGGGGACGGGGGGCAGCGGGACCCCACGGAGCCCGGGAGGGGACGGGGGGGGACAGCAGGACGGACUCCCCAGAGGGUCAGGCCCCACAUCCCUCGUGGGGUCCCCACUCGUCGCACCCCCACUCUCGCAGCCUGAGGCCCGCAGGGGCUCGCGGGUGGGGAGGUGUUAUUUGGGGGGGCCCCAGGGCUCGGGCCGGGCCCCCCCCCCCCCCCGUCUCCCCUUCCUGCCACGGGGGCGGAGGUGUGAGGGAGGAAGGGGGGGUGGCGGCCAGUACCGCACCAUUUUUAGGGCUUUUUGGGGUUUCGACAGCAGUCCCUGCAACCCAGUCGCCGGGCUAUAAAAGCCGCCGAGGUGGGACGUGCUGGUUGUCACCUGCUGUCACCCUCUGAAUUGGGCUUGCCAUGGCUGCUUCCUUCCUCUUGGCACUGGUGGCAGUGGGAGUGUCACAGGCCGCGGUCCCCGAGCCCUGCCAGGGUGGCCCCAUGUCCUGGUGCCAGGACGUGGCCACCGCCGCCAAGUGCCACCGGGAGCAGUACUGCCGCGACCUCUGGGACAGCCUGUGGGAUGCGGCUGAAGGAGACGUGGCCGAAGAGGACGCGGCAUUGCCAGGCAGGAAGAAGAAGUGCAGCCUGUGCAUCAAAAUCCUGGAGCAGGUCAAGGCGAUGGCAGGGGAGGACCCCGACGAGGCAGCGGUGGAGGCGGCGCUGGGCAAAGCCUGCCGGGCCGUGGGGAAGUACCUGGGCCGCCUCUGCAAGCGGCUGGUGAAGAAAUACCGGGAGCAGCUCAGUGAGGCGCUGCAGAAUGGCGAGGACCCUCAGGACACCUGCGCUGCCGUCGGCUUCUGCAAGGCCUGAGCCCGGUCAGCACCCCCAAACCCCACCCUGCAACCCCAAACCCCACCCUGCACGCCUGGACCCUGCCCCGCACUCUGCAUCCCGCACCUCGCAUCCUCCAGCCUGCACCCCAUGCCUCUCCCGGGGGUGGGAGGGCACCUGGGGGGUCCUGUGCCUCCAGGAGGGAACCUGCCCGCAUCUCUGUAGGGUGGGGGGGUGAGACAGGGGACCCCAAAAUACAUCCUGGAGCGGUGGGGGGGUGAAGGUUGGAGGAGACACUUCUUCUGGCAUCCGACUUGGGGUGACAGUGGCCCCCAACUCACUGCUCCUUCCUUGUUUCCGCAGGGCUCAGCCCCACAGCCGGCCCCAAGUGCCACCCCCUGAACCCCGAACCCUCUCCCAGCCCCACCUACCACCCCGGCCCCCAGAUCCCCCUCUCCCUGCAAUAAAGCAUCUUGCCCUGA